GAGGAGAUGCGCCUGGGCGCCGCGCCGCCGGCAUCAUGCACCCCCAGCUCGCGCUGGCCCUGGCUGCGCUCUGCCUGCUGGCGCUGCCCGCUGCCGCCGCCGCUGCCUACUUCGGCCUGACCGGGAGGGAGGUCCUGACGCCCUUUCCAGGACCGGGCGCUGCUGGGGCCCCAGCCCGGGGCGGGGCCCACCUGAAGCAGUGUGAUCUGCUCAAGCUGUCGCGCCGGCAGAAGCAGCUGUGCCGGCGGGAGCCUGGCCUGGCCGAGACCCUGCAGGAUGCCGCGCACCUCAGCCUGUUGGAGUGUCAGUUCCAGUUCCGGCAGGAACGCUGGAACUGCAGCCUGGAGGGGAGGACAGGACUGCUCAAGAGAGGUUUCAAGGAGACGGCCUUCCUGUAUGCAGUGUCCUCGGCGGCGCUCACCCACACUCUGGCCCGGGCCUGCAGCGCUGGGCGCAUGGAGCGCUGCACCUGUGAUGACUCUCCGGGCCUAGAGAGCCGGCAGGCCUGGCAGUGGGGUGUGUGUGGUGACAACCUCAAGUACAGCACCAAGUUCCUGAGCAACUUCCUGGGGCCCAAGAGAGGGAGCAAAGAUCUGAGGGCACGAGCAGAUGCUCACAACACUCAUGUGGGCAUCAAGGCCGUGAAGAGUGGCCUCAGGACCACGUGUAAGUGCCACGGUGUGUCAGGCUCCUGCUCUGUGCGCACCUGCUGGAAGCAGCUCUCCCCGUUCCGCGAGACAGGCCAGGUGCUGAAGCUGCGCUAUGACUCAGCCGUCAAGGUGUCCAGUGCCACCAAUGAGGCCUUGGGCCGCCUGGAGCUGUGGGCACCCUCCAGGCUUGGCAGCCCCUCCAAGGGCCUUGCCCCGCGGCCUGGGGACCUCGUCUACAUGGAGGACUCGCCCAGUUUCUGCCGGCCCAGCAAGUACUCGCCGGGCACAGGGGGCAGGGUGUGCUCCCGGGAGGCCAGCUGCAGCAGCCUCUGCUGCGGGCGGGGCUAUGACACCCAGAGCCGCCUGGUGGCCUUCUCCUGCCACUGCCAGGUGCAGUGGUGCUGCUAUGUGGAGUGCCAGCAGUGUGUGCAGGAAGAGCUCGUGUACACCUGUAAGCACUAGGCUCACUGCCUGCGCGCCCUCUGGGGAUGGCCAGGAGCUCCCACGGUGCCCGGCCACCUGGAAGCCACCCAGCGGUCCAGCCAGCGCCUGGCAGGCACACACAGUGUGCACGAGCUCACCAGUAUGUGCCAGUGUAGACACUCCUCCCUCCACUGGGCCUGAGCAGCCUUCUCCUCCCUCAAUACUCAGCAAAGAGAAGUUCAGGCCCCACCCCCAAGCCUGAGGGUCCCCAGCCUUGUUGAGGACUUGGAGCAGGAGGGCAGUGGGAAAGGAUGUGAAGGAGGACAGGGAGACCAAGAGGAGGGCAGGACUGAAGCUUUGGAGGAGGAGAGAGGGUUUAUCCUGCCGUCUCAGUUCCUGGGCUGAGAGGCCUGGGGACAGCCGGAUGCCAGGAGGCGAGCCGCUGGGCCGGGAAGACCCGGGAGGCAGGGCUGGCUGGAAGCAAAGGCUGGCAUCUGGCUGGAAUGGGUCCGUCUGGCCCUCAGGCCCUGCUCAGACUGCAGUGAGCCCGGGGGGCCGUAUGUCUUCACUACCCCUGUGGUUUUGCUGUGCUAAAGAAGCGGCCAAAGGCCAAGUGAUAGGAGCUGUUUCUUCGGAGAAAGGAAGGCUUUCUGGGCUUGAGGGGACCCAACUCAGAUACGUGCCCAGGAGCCCUGUGUCCUUGAUUUGCUUUAUAAAAUAGGCCUGCAAUGAGGCCUCAUGCUUGUCUUGAGAGCUGAGUUACCCACCCCCACCCCCUCUGCUCAGUAAGAGCAGCAGGGAUGCAAGGCCAGCAGGGAGAGCUGGUCCCCCGGGUGGGGCUCAGAUGGUGCACCGAGGUUGCUCAGGGAGACGGUGACCCCACACCUACUUCCCUCAUUUACCCUGGGACACGGAACCUUUAGUCCGUCCCGGGAGAGGGUGACAGGAGCUCAGUUUCUCAGCCUGCUUUGGUCAACUGCCCGUGGCUGCAGUCCACCUGUGCGGUGAGGCCCUGACGCGGCUGACAUUCGUGAUACAGGAGAGAUGGUUUCUGAGUUCUGAUGCUGGUUACGUUUCUACUCUUACAGCUACUCACCUAAUUAGGUUUUGUGCCCUGGUGGGAGGUAUUGGUGCAGGAAAGCCUUUGCUAAGCCUAGCUCCUUGGGGACCCCUUCAUUUACUAAUGGCCCCUGUCUUUGGUUCUUAACUGAGGAAUAGAAGUGACUUUGCUCUGAUCCUGUGGACAUUUCCAGGGUCACCUCCUAAGCCCUGUGUGGGAGGAGGAAAGAGAAACUGGAAUGGACACACACAUAUGCACCCCUUAGGCCUGCCAGGCUGAGGGUUCCUGUCUAGUGGCACACACCUCUCUGGUUCAGGACCAAGGGGUCAGUGGCAGGGGUCACUCUGCUGGAGGCUGCAUGCUUCCCCGGCGCAGGGCCCAAUGUCAGCCAGGGGGAGGUGCCCUCCUUCGGGAAGCCCUUGGCCACUUUGCCUGUCCUGCCGCACCCUCCGUCAGCUUCCUUUCUCCCUGAGCCCAGAGGUGCUGACCCUCUGCUGAAACAGGAAGCUUCUGAGUUAGCUGAAUGCUCAGAAGCCAUCGUGCAUGCCCCAGGAAGAAGCCCCUGGGGCUCCCUGAGACCUCCAAGGGGUAGGAGGCAUUGCCCGGCCUUAGGCGGAUCAGGGAAGCCUGGGAGGUGCUGGAAGGAUUUUUGGCUGCAGAGACCGAUGAGAAACCAAACGGACCUGAGGGCCCCCCCCCAGACUGGCUUUGCUGACCCAAGCGGUUGGCCCACAUCUUGGCAAGAAGAGCAGAAAGGAAAGAGGGCUGGUUUUCUAGUUUCUUCCACUCUCCCACCACAUGGAGACUUCCUCUCUGCCAGCCUGAUCCAUCUUGCUCCGUACACCUGGCUCAGCCCCAGGCAUGAGGUGGUGGAGGCCUCACUGGCAAGAAGAAGGGACCUCAUCUGCCAACAUGCCAUCUUUGCCUCAGCUUCAUGGCCACCAGUGCUGGGGCUGAAGGAGGAUAAAGGGCCGGCUCUGAGGGCCCCUUGGCCUGCGGGGUCCUCCCUGUCCAGUCCUCUCCCUCUCUCCUCUUCCUUGCUCCCACCCCUAUUGCCCACAAAGGUCCACCUCAGCCCUGCUAGGGCCCCUGAGGACCAGUGACCACAAACCCUUCUAUUCUACAACUUAAAGGGAAAGACUCACAGGGUAUUUUUUUUUUUUUUGUCUACCUCACAUAUAUAGUUUUUAGGGCAAAAGAGUAUAAUUUAUAUAGCUAAGAUAUAUGAGAAAAUAAUUUAUCUUAUUUAUAUAGUUUCUAUAUUUCACGCACAGCACCUGUGGGUUUUGGGUGUCUUGCCAGAAGCCGUCUGUCUGGGCCCCCACUGAGCUGGACACCAAGUGGCCAGGGAGGGUGUCUCGUAGGCUCCUGUGUCCCACAGCCGGGGCUGUCUUGAGGCUGGUGAGAAGGCGUCGCCUCUGUGCAGAAGCCCUGGGGCGCUUAAUCCAGAUCUGCCUUGUGAAGUCUUUGUAAAUUCUCUGCUCUCCUGGGUCCCAGGCCCCUCUUCUGCCCUGGCCAAACUGUCCUGCUCACAAUAAUAAUGACAACAGAGGUGACCACACCUUGCAUUUGCAAAGCACUUUCAAUCUUCAGAAACACUUUUGUCCUUUAAUCCCACUCGAUUUCCCCACCGUCCUUGUGAGGUUGGUGGGGCCACAUUACUAUGCCCACCCGCCUGGUAUAUAGAUGCGGCCCAGAGAAGGAGGGCUCUGCUCAAAGUCACACUAAAAAGGUUCAUUCAAUGAUAUUAAGUGAGUUUCUACGUAGGCUACCUGACUUCCCCUGACCUGGGAGCCCCAGGCUACACCCUGGGCACACCCUGAGCCCAAGAAACCAGGGAAGUGGCUGCUUCCGGGGCUGUGUGUGAGCCUGGCCUUUUGGGUCUGGAUGCAAGUCAGCAUUCCUCCAAGUGGGGUCCUGUGUGUUAGGGGCUGGGACUGCCAUGGAGCCCUGGAGAGAUGUGGCCCCCUGGAGGCCACGCCAGGGGCUCCACCAUCCGGCCCUCGCUCCUGCUGCCCACACUGCCCACAGAUGGGUUCUGUUUGCUCUCAUUUGUGUUUUUCUUUUAAAGAUGUGUUGCUUUCCAUUGGAUUUCUGGCCUGUCUUAUAAAAUCAGCUGUGUUGGCAAACUGGGCCUACAGCCCACAGUCAGGCAGUUAAUCCUCUCCGGACGCAUGGGGGCUCCCCAGUUUGCUGAGUACCCUCCACCUCAGCCCACCUCACUUACGGACAUUCCUGCCCGGCUCUUAGGGGCACAUCGUGUCUGUCCCCAGGUCCACAUAAACCAAGCUUCCUUGGUUCGUCCAUUGCCUGGCAGACAGACUGACAGACAGACUCAUGUCAGCCCUAAAGAUUAUUUCUUGCUGUCCAGUUUCCUUUGUCAACAACCAUGAACUUCAAAUUAUUUUUGUCUCAGCCAUUUAAAAAUUAUAAUGGGAACUAGCGUAUAUCAAGCACCUGUUGUGUCCAACCAUUCAAUCAACAAUUAUUUAGGGAGCACCUACUGAGCUCCAGGCGCCUCUCUGGGUGCUGGGGGGCAGCAGUGGGCAACACCAGUUCCUGCCCCAUGGGCUGACUCUCUAGUCAGGGAGAGA